AUGACAGCCUCCGUGCUCCUCCACCCCCGCUGGAUCGAGCCCGUCAUGUUCCUCUACGACAACAGCCUGGAUGAGAUCAAUAAGAACAUGGACGGGUUUCACGCCGGCAGCAACUUCGCCGCGGCGGCCAACCCCUGCCGCAACCUGAUGGCUCACCCCGCGCCCCUGGCCGCCCCCAGCGCCGCCGCCUACACCUCCAGCGAGGCCCCCGCCGCCGGCAUGGCCGAGCCUGCUGUCAAGCAGUGCAGUCCUUGUUCGGCCGCCGUGCAGAGCUCCUCCGGCGCCGCCCUGCCCUACGGCUACUUCAGCAGCGGCUACUACCCCUGCCGCAUGACCCACCACAACGCCAUCAAGUCCUGCGCCCAACCCGCCUCCACCUUUGCCGACAAGUACAUGGACACCUCGGUCUCCGGUGAGGAGUUCACGUCGCGGGCCAAGGAAUUCGCCUUCUACCAGGGCUACGCCGCCGGGCCUUACCAGCCGGUGCCCGGCUAUUUGGAUAUGCCUGUGGUGCCUGCCAUCGGCGGCCCCGGAGAGCCGCGCCAUGACCCCCUACUCCCCAUGGACAGCUACCAGCCUUGGGCCAUCACCAAUGGGUGGAACGGGCAAGUGUACUGCCCCAAGGAGCAAAGCCAGCCGCCUCACCUCUGGAAAUCCACCCUCCCGGACGUCGUUUCGCAUCCCCCGGACGCGAACUCUUACAGACGUGGGAGAAAGAAACGAGUGCCUUACACAAAGGUCCAGUUAAAAGAACUCGAAAGGGAAUAUGCUACAAACAAAUUCAUAACCAAAGACAAACGGAGGAGGAUAUCGGCAACUACAAAUCUGUCAGAGAGACAGGUCACAAUCUGGUUCCAAAACAGAAGGGUCAAAGAGAAAAAAGUGAUUAACAAAUUGAAGACUACCAGUUAA